UUCUCAAAUGCGCGGAAACAAGCUGCACUUUUCCAUCGAAAGUGACGAAACCGAGUUAACGGGGCGCCGCUGAACGCACCGCGAGGCCUUGUGACGUCAGCCGCUCCCCUGCGCUCCCCUCUAGCAGCCAGUCAGAGAAGGGAUGCUCUGAACGAAAGACUGCAGCAUCUUCACCGAGAGAACGAGCAGAGAAAAACGUCUCUUUUCUCCCUCCAGCUCCGCGUCUCCGGACCCUCCUUCACCCUCAGUCACCCCUGGGUGCCUCUUCACGAUCGGAACCAGGACAGAAUAACAAGAACGAAUUUAUAACAACCUACAAAAUAACGCAUCGGAUUUUUUUUUUGUAUUAUUGUUAUUAUUGCUUCAUCGACCUUUUUUGUCUGUCUUUCUUCGGCUGACUUCGCCUCUUUGUCCCUUCGGUUGUGUAUUUUUGUUUUCUUUAAUUUAUUGUUCCGUCGUCGGCUGUUGCGGAGGAGCGCCACCAUCCUGCACUGCCUGACAUGAGAACGCUCUUUUCUCCGGUUGCAGCGGAAUGACACACAUAUCCUAGCCCGCAUAUCUGAAGCUUGAUGGAAGAUUGACGCUUCAUUUGCACUUUUUAGUAGCCUAGAUCAUCCUCCAUCUGCAGAGGUUUCGGAUUUUUCCUCCUCUUGAGCCGAUCGUCCAGCGUCCUUUUUUCUUUCUCUCCCCUGCGCAGCAUCUCUGUCCGCACAGCGCACCACGGAGACACACGCAGCUAACGUUCUCCGUCCGUAAGAAACAAAGCGUAUUUUUCAGAUUCCGAAAUCGCUUUCGCCUUCCUCUGAAGACUCCUCUGCACGGCUACGCUGCGUAAAAAAAAAAAAAACACCACGGGAAAAAGGGGGAUUUAAAACGCAAACGCAGCCCAAGCAUCCAAGAGCAAGCUCGAAAAUGAUGGCCGGCGGAGCAGUACAGCAAAACGGGAUUUUCACAAAUCCUCACCAUCACAAUCAACAACCACACAUGGAGUCCGAUCCCCCGGACUCGCGUAAAAGACCCUUGGAGACUCCCACGGAGGCCAGCAGCACCAAACGCACAAACACGGGAGUGGCCUUCCUGCAGCCCAUUUUUGAAACUGAAGGCAUUGUAUUCCCUCACCAAGAAACUGAGACUCAUGAGGAAGGCGAGUACUUCCUGAAGGUUUUGAUUCCCAGCUAUGCUGCGGGGUCGAUCAUCGGGAAGGGAGGUCAGACCAUCGUCCAGCUGCAGAAAGAAACCGGAGCCACCAUCAAACUGUCCAAAUCCAAAGACUUCUACCCCGGGACGACAGAGCGCGUGUGUCUGAUCCAGGGGACGGUGGAGGCGCUGAACGGCGUCCAUGACUUCAUCGCUGAGAAGGUCAGAGAGAUGCCUCAGAGCACCCAGAAGACAGAGCCGGUCAGCAUCCUGCAGCCACAGACCACCGUCAACCCCGACCGCGUCAAACAGGCCAAGUUGAUCGUCCCAAACAGUACGGCGGGGCUGAUCAUCGGUAAAGGCGGAGCUACAGUCAAAGCAGUGAUGGAGCAGUCUGGGGCGUGGGUCCAGCUAUCCCAGAAGCCCGAGGGCAUCAACCUGCAGGAGCGAGUCGUCACUAUCAGCGGGGAGCCCGAGCAGAACCGCAAAGCCGUGGAGAUCAUCGUCCAGAAGAUUCAAGAGGAUCCUCAGAGCUCCUCCUGCCUCAACAUCUCCUACUCCAACAUCACCGGGCCCGUCGCCAACUCCAACCCCACCGGUUCUCCUUACGCCAACUCCACAGAGGUCAUGCCGGCCGCGGCAGCCGCUGCAGCAGCCACGGCUUCCUCUCUUCUGGGCCAGGCCAGCUUGGCGGGCGUCGGCGCGUUCCCGACCACCAUGUCCAGCCUCUCAGGCAAUGAUCUGCUCGCAAUCACCUCCGCACUCAACACUCUGGCCAGCUACGGCUACAACACCAACUCCCUGGGCCUGGGCCUAAAUCCCGCCGCAGCCUCAGGCGUGUUAGCCGCUGUAGCAGCUAAUGCUAACCCAGCAGCAGCAGCCGCAGCUAAUUUGUUAGCAUCCUACGCUAGCGAUGCAUCCACCAGCGCAGCUCACCCGGCCACUCUCGGAGGUUUCUCCCUGGGGUCUCUGGCUGCAGCUACAGGGGCGACCAACGGCUACUUGAGCGCCGCGUCGCCACUGGUGGCGUCAUCUCUACUCGCUACAGAGAAGCUCGGAGAAGGAGCGAAGGAAGUGGUCGAGAUCGCCGUGCCAGAAAACCUGGUGGGAGCCAUCUUGGGGAAAGGAGGGAAGACGCUAGUGGAGUACCAGGAGCUGACUGGCGCCAGGAUCCAGAUCUCCAAGAAAGGCGAGUUCAUCCCCGGAACCCGGAACAGGAAGGUGACCAUCACAGGUUCCCAGGCCGCCACGCAGGCCGCACAGUACCUGAUCAGCCAGCGAAUCACCUACGAGCAGGGGGUACGCGCCACCAACCCACAGAAGGUGGGCUAAACCUGACAGCCAAUGAGAAACGAGGAGGAAAAGAGGAAAAAAAAAAAAAGAGUGGGGGCUCGGGGGAGGAGUAUAAAAAAAUUGAGAGUGAGAAUGGAAAAAGGAGAGGAGAGCGAGAAUGUCAGAAGGAAAUCGUCCGCGCCGUUUUCUUCUGCGUGUUUUCAGUAUUCUUUAUUAAAAAAAAAGUUUUUUGACGCGGAGCAAAAAUGUGCUGAGAAGACGAGGAGGGAGAGGAGCGAGUUGUCACGCUGAAAAACCAAGAAAAAAAUGUGUAACAUGUAAAUAAGGUUUUAUUACUUAACGUCUUGACCUUUUGGGAUUUUUUAUUGUUUUGUUUAUUGUUUUUGUUUUGUUUAGUAAAUUAAGCUGUCUGUUUGUUUGUGUAUUGUGUGGACAAAGCUGAAUGCCAUGUAGACAGGCCGACUGCCUGAGAGGCUACAGGAAGUGAGGGGAGUG